AUGCAGCGAAAGUAUGAUAUCGUCCUCCUUGGAGCGACAGGCUUUACAGGAAGCCUUAUGGUGGAAUACAUGACUGCAACUUUCCCAGGAUCCUUGCGAUGGGCGAUUGCGGCCCGUAACAGGGCAAAACUUGAAGAAGUGGCCAGGAAGUUCAAAGUCGAGGCUUCAGGAGGAUCCAUCAUCGUUUUGGAUGUGAAUUCUGAAACAGAGAUCCAAAAGGUUGUGAAGUCAACACGAGUCAUCAUCAACGUUAUAGGGCCGUACCCAACAACUUGUGGGCCGAUAGUGUUCAAAGCGUGUGCUGAUUAUGGCACUGAUUAUGUUGACUGCAAUGCGGAUAUGCCAUGGGCACAGGAUAUGAUCAAAGAACACGACAAAUCAGCUCAGGCUUCAGGUGCAAAAAUGAUUGUUACUUGUGGCUUGGAUGCUGUACCAGCUGAUCUAACAACAUAUCUCGCCGUGUCGCACAUACGCAAAGUCUUCAACACACCGACACGCGAAGUCAUCGUUUCAUUGCAGGAGAUGAAGGGCAUCAUUAGCAGUGGUACUAUCAAAGCAAUGGCUUCUGUUUAUACCUUAUAUGGGCCGGGCCGCUACGAAGAAGCAACCGCGCCGUUUGCAAUCUCUCCUCGCAAACCCAUAAGUGAAAAGGUGAACACCAGCCUUUUUCCUGCUGCUGGUUUCUUCGGUAUACAUACUGUGAAUAGUCUCGGCCGUGUAGUGGAGAGCCAGGAGCAAGGAAACGAGAGAGCCAUUGUGGGACGAAGCUGGGGCCUAUAUGCACCGGACGAUCCUAACUCCACAGACGGAUAUGGGCCCAACUUUCACUUCUCCGCGCGAGCUCGACUACCCCGUACUCUGUACGAUUUCAUCCAAGUUUUGCCCUUUCUCGGGCUUGGUCUCUUCCUAAACUUCUCUUUCACGCGGUACAUUCUCACUAAGCUGAUCUACCCAGAGGGCUACACUCCAGCUUCCAAACAGCUAAAGGGCGGCCACCGCUUCAGCCAUCGGACACUGGGAGUAGCUGACACCGGCGAUGAGUCAACAGCAAAGAGAGUUAUAGUGGACUUCAAAUUUCAAGGCGACCAGUAUAAGUUCACUGGCAUCGCAAUGGUGGAGGCUGCUGUAACACUCCUUGAGGGUGGGACAGAGGCGCAUCGGAUAGGCGGUGGUGUUAUGACGCCAGCCAUGCUUGGGGAUAAUUAUGCAAAGAAUCUGCAGCGUCCAGAGUCAGGCGUGGAGAUUUUGAUUAGAGCGGAGGACUGA